GACUGAGGUCAGAGAAGCUUUUUCCUCACGCCACGCUGUUUCCUUUCGACCCUGUUGUCAAUCACUAAAGAUAUUAACUGGCGGGAGGAUCAUGUCUAUCGUUACUGCUACUUAUAGAAGCAUGUAUCACCGCUCUGAUUAAAAGCUACUGCUGUAGCAAACACCACUAUCAUCUUCGCUUUCGGCCAAAACCCUUAAAAGCUGUUCUCGAGACUCGUAAACUCAACGUAAAGUUCAGUCUAUAAGGGUCUUCGAGACCAAUCGAUUACGAAAAUGAAAGCACAAACAAAUCAUUUAUAUCUUCUGACGCGUAACCAUAUACCUCGAGGCUUGCUUGCGUUUCCCAAUCAAGGGGGAGGGGGGAGGGACGAUUAGAGCUCAGGCGCUUAUUCGAGACGGGAACUUCCAUUUCAACCACUAGUGUUCUUGGUUAGAAUUUCAAAAUAAGAGAAGCUAUCAGUAAUUCCUUUGUAGACAAAUUCUACCACAACAAACCAGGGCUAGGCACUAAAAACUGGAUCAAAAGGUUCUGAGUAAACCUAGAAUUCUGUGGUCAGAGGGGUGGGGGUAAAUAGUUGUAAUAAAUCAUUAUCAAAUUGCAUCAUCCCAGCGGAAAAAGCGAGUAAUAUUGCAUCAUCCUUGAGAGUACAUUCGAGGGCAACAAGGAUCAAUGCACUCAGUCGAUGAAACAAGGCAUUCCAGUUGUGGUGGGUGAACAUCAUGUCAAGGUGUGAAUUUAUUAAUUGAACCAAUUAAUGUAGAUGCCCUGAUGGACAGAGUUAUAGCACGAAUACUAAAUGAAGAAGUGAAAGAACAGAUGUGAGCGGCUCAAAAGCAAAUGCUUUCAAAGUCAGCAUUGACAAUAGAGGUCGUAAUACGAUCCUGAAUACAUCCAGAGCUUAAUUGUGUCACAUUUCAGACAGUGACUGCGGAUCAUGUAUUACAAGAGGAAUCAAUAUCUGACGUCGAGCUCGCAACGUCAGCGCUGUGUAUUCCCAUCCGACUAUGUGAAAACACCAAUACCACUUCGUGGUUGCUCUGAUGACAAUACUUUAUGAUAAAACGCAUCAGAGGUAAAAAAACUAUUCGGAGUAGUCCAGACUGUAACAGAAAUUAAUGGCAGAAAAAGAAACCCAGUGGAUCAGAGCUACAAGAAGAAACAAGACAAUGAUCACGGAUAAACAACUUUCCACCCAAAGAGGAUUCAGGACUAUUUCGUUGUCUUCAACUCACAGCCAGAACGAAAGUAGAUCACAUUGGUGUGGACAGAGAGUUUUCUAACAAGAAUGAAUAGGAGACGAAUUUCAAUGGAAUGUGUACUAUGGAAGUUUGCCAAGAAAGCUCAAGAAGGCUAUCGAUCAAUUCUUAUCGUUAACACCCCUUCGUUCCCCUCCCUACCAACACUUUCAAAGGAUUUUAGCAAUGACGUAAUGCUAAACAUUGCAAGAGUGACAGCUCAUGAAAGAAAGCAGAACUUGUACUGAACUAUUUCCACAGUCCUUGGGAAAGAAAAAGUGGAAAUUACCCCGCUUCAAAGUCGGAUUUCAGGUAACGGCAAAAGUGCACAAGUGAAAAGAAAAAGUGGAAAUUACCCCGCUUCAAAGUCGGAUUUCAGGUAACGGCAAAAGUGCACAAGUGAAAAGAAAAAGUGGAAAUUACCCCGCUUCAAAGUCGGAUUUCAGGGAACGGCAAAAGUGCACAAACCUGCAAGGUUUCGCUCGUUUCGAGGAUAAUUUUAUCAGACGGACCGUUUGCCUUGCCAGUAAUUUCUACUCUCUCAUAAAGACUUUCAGGAAAAUCUACAGUUUAGCGAAAUGAACACCAAGCAGCACAACUGGACAGAAGAAGAAGAAAAGUUAAAUCAAGAAAGCAUCAUUCAAAGAGCUACUCGCCAGUCAGUAUGUGAGGUAUUUAAUCAACUAAUACAGCACCUCAAUUUAAUGUACCAUGAAGGAAUGGAAUCGCUGGCUGUAAGCAACACUCGGGAACGAAGAAGUUUACAAUGGAAACAUCUGAACUGGAGAUUCCCUGGUAAAGCAGAAUACAGAUGUGUUACAACAACCAUCAAACAACAAGAAGUACUACUAAAGCACAUGUAUCGACAGGGGAAAGACACCUUUCUACAUGAACUUCUUAUCCGCCUUCUACGCAAUCUCUGGAAAUAUAUUCAGAUGUCUAACUUCAAUAGAAUGGGGUCUCUCAGUAUGCAUCACGAAGGAGAAAGGAUGUUAUUUCCGUCGCAAGCUGAAAGAGGCGAGCCAGACACCCUUCUGCAACAUCUCAAGACACUGGUAUAUCUUUUUAACGAAGCAAUGCCUGGACGCAACACACAGGAAAGUAUGUAUGACGAGGAGGGGAUACCAUUUCUUUUGAUUGAAGGACACGAGCGAGACACCCUUCAGCAACAUGUUAAGAAGUUGUUACAUCUUUUAAAAAUAGCAAUGCCUGGAUGUAGCCCUCAGGGCUCACAACGUACAAGAGGUAACGAGGACAACAUUUUUCAAGAGUGUGGCUCGUGUUACGCUCAUCAGGAAUUGUGAGAAGACGUCUAAAAGGGCACGACAGUCAAGCAAAGUUUUGGAGAGUAAAAAAUGCAUUACUAUAACUCCAAUUUUCAAGACACCGGCUAAAUAUUUCCAUAGAGGGGGUUCUCAAGUCUCAUUCCUAAUAAAUAAUAAUAAUCAGUCUAAAAUACUAAAAGUGUACAAAAGUUAGAUAUAUGUACAUAUCAACCCGCAUCAAACAAAAUAUUUUAUUCUUAUCUGAAAUUCACAUACGCUCAAGAAUAUUUUCAUCUUGAUGGAAAAUGUAUAUUUUAUAUUACACAAUUAAAGGACAAAUUAUAGCAUAUUUUUAAGGUGUAUUUUUCUCAUCCUUACCACUGCUUUCUUAACUGAGUUAUGUUAUAUGUGAGUCUAAGCGUAAUAGUAAGAAACGAUGGCUGGUAAGAAAUAAAUUAACAUUCAUAAUCA